AUGGCUACCGGCGAAAUUAGAGCCAUACUUAUCGAAAGUGCAACGAGUCAGUUUCGCAAACACGUUUCCGAAUCCAAUUAUAUUGGAAUCAAAGAUCUUUUUAAAGACCCCCGAGUCGAAGCCUUUAUUGACAUCAAUGAAAUCAAUUCCAUUAAAAGAGCUACGUUGCUGCACGGCGCUGCACAAAAUAAUGAUUUAGACAUGACUCGAUUUUGUUUGAACCAUGGAGCUGAUAGUUCGAUCAGAGACAGAAAAGGAAAUCUACCGAUUGACUUAACUGAAAAUAAUGAAAUAAAAAACUUACUUGCUAAUUCAGUAGUUGUAACAAGUUUCGAUAAUACAUGGCCGCCAAAACUACGAGGCGACUUAAAAGUGGUAAGGAGAGUAAAUGUGGGCAACACGAAUAAAUUCUUUCCUGAAGGUGCGGAGUCAAUUGACGUAAGGACCUCCGAUGUUACACCAGAAAGUUUAGAUCUCAAGAAAUUCACUAUAACUACUAGUGAAGGUUCAAAAAAGACUUAUCUUGCACCUGAUAACAGUGAAGCAAGGAAAUGGAUAAUUGCCCUGUCAAGAUCAACAUACAGUAAAGGCGUGACCAACGUGAAUAAAAUUAAUCUAGAAGAGGUGAUGGGUGAAAUGAAUAGAAUAAUUAAACAUUCCUUGCCAGCUCUAAAGAGGAUUCCCGAUUUUUGGAAUUGCAUCUCCAAUGAGCUUCAAAUUGUAAAAGAAUUUCUAAUUGAAAAUGUUAAACAGGGGGAGCUAUGCACGAAGAAAUAUUCUCUAGAAUUCGCUGUCAACCAUCUGUUAGAAAUCAGAUAUCAUAUUCACAAAUUUUGUCAGUAUGUUGCGUUUGACGAUGGCAAGUAUGAUGAAAAAUUUGAAACCCUGAAAAAAAAAUCUUUAGGAAUUUAUUAA